UUUAUUUCUUCAUUCCGAAAAGGAUUUGCGUGCUCAUAUAUAAGACAAUCAACGAACCCAGUUAAAGCAGAACCAAGUGAAGUUUGAAAGUGGUUAAACAGUAAGAAAAAUGAAAACUAUUGCAUUUCUAGCAGUAGUUUUGGCCUUUGCGCCAGGACUACAAGGGAGAUCUUUGGUGCGUCCAGUGAUUGUACCCGGAAUCAAACCACAACCAGUUCCCGGAGUCGAAAGCCCCGAAAUUGAAAUCAACCCAGUGCCAAUCGUUCCCGGAAUCAAACCACAACCCGUUCCCGGCGUAGAAAGUCCAGAAAUCGAAAUCAACCCAGUACCAAUUGUACCCGGAAUCAAACCUCAACCAGUUCCUGGAGUUGAAACGCCUGAAAUCGACAUCACUGUUCCAGUUGUCCCUGGCAUUAAACCACAACCCGUGCCAAUUGUUCCCGGAAUCAAACCACAACCCAUCCCUGGAGUAGAAAGCCCAGAAAUCGAAAUCAACCCUGUACCAAUUGUGCCCGGAAUCAAACCACAACCAAUUCCCGGAGUUGAAACCCCUGAACUUGACAUUGAAGUACCAAUUGUACCAGGAAUCAAACCACAACCAGUUCCCGGAGUAGAAACCCCCGAAAUUGAUAUUGUUGUACCAGUUGUACCCGGAAUCAAACCCGUCCCCGGAGUAGAAAGCCCAGAAAUCGAAAUCAACCCCGUUCCAAUUGUACCCGGAAUCAAACCACAACCAAUUCCCGGAGUUGAAACCCCUGAACUUGACAUUGAAGUACCAAUUGUACCUGGAAUCAAACCACAACCAGUGCCAAUCGUUCCCGGAAUCAAACCACAACCCGUCCCUGGAGUAGAAAGUCCCGAAAUUGAAAUCAACCCCGUACCAAUUGUACCUGGAAUUAAACCUCAACCAAUCCCUGGUGUUGAAACUCCUGAAAUUGACAUCAUUGUUCCUGUUGUCCCUGGCAUUAAACCACAACCCGUGCCAAUCAUUCCAGGAAUCAAACCACAACCUAUCCCUGGAGUAGAAAGUCCAGAAAUGGAAAUCAACCCUGUUCCAAUUGUACCCGGAAUCAAACCACAACCAGUUCCCGGAGUUGAAACUCCAGAAAUUGACAUCACUGUUCCAGUUGUCCCUGGCAUUAAACCACAACCCGUGCCAAUCAUUCCAGGAAUCAAACCACAACCUAUCCCUGGAGUAGAAAGUCCAGAAAUCGAAAUCAACCCUGUUCCAAUUGUACCCGGAAUCAAACCACAACCCAUCCCCGGAGUUGAAACUCCAGAAAUUGACAUCACUGUUCCAGUUGUCCCUGGCAUUAAACCACAACCCGUGCCAAUCAUCCCCGGAAUCAAACCACAACCCGUCCCCGGAGUAGAAAGCCCAGAAAUCGAAAUCAACCCAGUGCCAAUUGUACCAGGAAUCAAACCACAACCAGUUCCCGGAGUUGAAACCCCUGAACUUGACAUCGAAGUACCAAUUGUACCCGGAAUUAAACCACAACCCGUGCCAAUUGUUCCCGGAAUCAAACCACAACCCAUCCCAGGAGUAGAAAGCCCCGAAAUCGAAAUCAACCCUGUGCCAAUUGUACCAGGAAUCAAACCACAACCAGUUCCCGGAGUUGAAACCCCAGAAAUUGACAUUGUAGUGCCAGUUGUACCCGGAAUCAAACCCGUCCCCGGAGUAGAAAGCCCCGAAAUCGAAAUCGAUCCCGUUCCAAUUGUACCAGGAAUCAAACCACAACCAAUUCCCGGAGUUGAGACCCCUGAACUUGACAUCGAAGUACCAAUUGUACCCGGAAUCAAACCACAACCCGUGCCAAUUGUUCCCGGAAUCAAACCACAACCCGUCCCCGGAGUAGAAAGUCCAGAAAUCGAAAUCAACCCUGUACCAAUUGUACCCGGAAUCAAACCACAACCCGUCCCCGGAGUAGAAAGCCCCGAAAUCGAAAUCAACCCCGUUCCAAUCGUUCCAGGAAUUAAACCCCAACCGGUUGAAAUAAUUGAAGUCAUUGUCCCAGCCAAUUAUUAUUAAAUAUAAAAUGUAUUUUUGUUGUUAAAUUAUGUAAGAUUAUUAGUUUCAUUCUUUGAAAUAAAUAUAGCUGCAAAGAAAACAUAAA